AUGUUCACCAUGCUCAUCCACACCUUUGUCCUCCUCCUCACUGCCACCGCGGCCCUCGCCGCCCCGGCCGGACGCAGGUGGCCCCGUUUCACUGUUCCUCAGCAGCACUUUGAGGUCCUCGGCAUGCGUGCCCAGACGGAGGUGAAUCCGUCUGCCGUGCUUGAGGCCACCUGCAUCGACCGUAAUGCCCACAUCGUCUUCCAUGACACCGAUGUCGCCGAGCUCGCCAUCUGUGGCGGCAUCUCGGGCUCCGUCUCCGCCUGCAAGGGCAACCCCGUCACGACCAUCGGCCAAUCCGGCUCCGCCCGCUUCACUCUGAAGGCCACCACCGAGGGCGCCACCAUCAACAUCACCAAGAACAAGUGGGAGCAGUGCGUCCGUGCCGCCCGCGAAAAGUGCCCCACCGGCAGCGUCCACGCCGUCUGCUCCGGCGGCGCAACCUCUGGAGACGUCGAGUUCACCUUGGACGGCUUGCCUCCUUCGGCCGACCUGUAA